GAUGAUGGGGGGGGGCAUUCAUCUCGGCUACCGAGCUCUCUCUGUUUCUGUUUCUCCUUUUUUAACCUUGUAAAUCUCAAUGCUCAUCCCUUCCUUCUCCUUUCGACACGUCUCCCUCUCUCUUUCUCUUCUCUCCCCAUCACUCUAAUGUUUCUACUCUCUAUGUUUCACCCAUUGAUGAUAAGCAUAAUAUUUUAACGUUUUUUUUUACAUAAUGCUUAGUUUUAGAGCUUGCUAGAAAGAAGCGUUACCAAUGGAGGAGCUGUAAGAAUUUUUUUUUUUUUUUUUUCGUUUUCUCUCUUCUUCUAUAAAGCUUUUUCACAGAGCGACCAUGGCGUCUCUCACUCCCGGCGUCCUUUCAAAGCUAAUCGAAAAUGCCGGUAACAAAAACUUCAAAGUCACCGGCCAGCACCGGUCUCCUCUUCUCCAAGUCCUCGAGAUCGUCCCUUCACUUCCCGGUGCCGGUGACGACGACCAAAACGACCCCUUUCGAACCAGAGGCUUCUUCUUGAAACUCUCCGAUUCUCUCCAUUCCGCUUACGCUUCCAUUUCCGACGACGACUUGGAUUUGAUUUACAGCGACAAGAUUCAGUUGGGUCAGUUCGUUCACGUCUCCCGGUUCGACCCGGCCGUUUCCGGUUCUCGCAUCCCGGUUCUUCGAGGCUUGAAGCCCGUUUCUAGAAGAAAACCUUGUGUUGGAAAUCCUACUGAUUUGGUCUCCAGCGAUGCCUUACCGAUUUCACGCGCCGCAGUCUUGCCUAGAAGGAGGUUGAGUUUGGACUCGGUGCGGCGGGGCUGGGAUCGAGGGUUUUCGCCACCUGCCUCCGCCGUCAAGGCUGCCGGUUCGCCGCCAGGUAGGGCAUCUUCCGAGGUUGGGUCGGCCAAGGCUCUGAAGUUUUCGCCGUUGAAAACUAAAGACCAGAGCUCUUUAGUACCGAAGCUGACGAGUACGGUUAAACGGAAAGACGUGAAGUCGCCGGCGGAAAUCCGACCCGUUCCUGUGGCUGUGGAUUUGAAAAGCGUGUCGGAGAAGAAUAUAGCGUGGAGGUCGCUGCCGUCGACAGUGGCCGUUGCUGGAAAGAAAGCAGUUAGAGGUCGAAAUCUUGCAUUUAUGGCUGCCGUUGAUGCUUUAGAAGAAGCAGCGGCCAUUGAAACUCUCCUCCAUUCCAUGUGCUUAUUUGGAGAACUAUGUGAAACUUCAAAGCAAGUUUGUAGUGGAAAAUUGACAGAUCAAUUUUUACAACUCUAUCAGAGAAUCCAAGAAGCACACUCAACUUUGAAUUCCUUACUCAACAAAAUGCCAUCUCCUAAUUCAAACUUACACAACAAUUCUAAUGCCACUUCAUGGAUUCAGGCUGCUGUUGCUACAAAUCUUUCCGCUUUUGAUUUGUUCGAAUCAAAAGAUCACAAUAAGCUCGAAACUCAAUCCCAAAACAAAAAACUCUAUGUCGUCAUCGACGAUGCUACGAACAAACUCAAUUUACCGACCCCUACAAAUUGCAAAAGUUGUCCAUCUAAUUCAAGUGCUAAACUAACACAUUCUUCCAAAAAGGAAGAUUGGUGUAAAAGGAAUAGUUUAAAAGAGGCCGUUGAACUAGCAAACGACCUACUCUUGGUCUCACGUCGAUGGUUUGUGAAGUACUUAGAGGAUUUACUUGGGAACGGUUUUGGGCUAAGAGUAAAGGAAGAAAGUCCUGACGACAUUGCAUAUCUUCUUAGACAGCUCAAAAAAGUGAAUGAGUGGAUGAACGAGUUUAUUGAAAGCAAAGUUGAGAUCGAUGAUAAGAUGGAGCAAUUGAAGAAGAAGUUGUACAAGUUUCUCCUUGACCAUGUCGACAUUGCCACUCGAUCACGUUAGUAAAGAUAUACAAGUUGAAAAGGAUCACAUCAAUUAUAGACUUGAGUAACAACUUCAAACGCUAACUUCUUUCAAAGUUUAGAGUUGAAGAUUUUAACCAAAUAUUGACCUCAUUGUUCAUUGUCAAACAAAUUAUGCAUAAUAUGUUUUCAUUUUUCUAUAUCAUUUUAAGAUUAUUUUUUGUAGUUGUAUUAUUUCACACUCUAAUGUCAUAUAAUUGACUUGCUUUA